AUGGCUCUCCAUCCCCUGCUCAGCCUUUCGCUCGGGGUUGGAUCGCCCGAGGAAGAGGGCAAAACUGCAGGCACUACAAGUACUCCGAGUGCAGCUCAUUCCAAGCAAGAGCCGCGCAGCGUCCUGGAGAACCUGCUUGGCCCACUCGGCCCAGGUUCGGAGAUCGACGUCGCUCCGGCCUGCGAGCCCGAGGAGGAUUAUGAGGGUGUCAUCGCUUUGACGAUUUCUUCCAUGAGCGAUGGGAGUGCCAGCGUCGAAGUCUCUGGAGACACUGUCGUUGAGGACCUCAAGGGCCGUGCGGCGCAGCUCUUGGUUCUCUUGCCCCAGCGUGGCACAGGCUCUGUGUUGUUGGAUGUGGCGAGCGGCAAGGUCCUUCCAGGCAACGAGACGGUGCGUUCCUUGCGCCUCUCGCGCAGAAGCAGGCUCCUGCUGCUGGGCAAGUCCAGGCUGUAUGCCCCCAAAGAUUUGCAUGUGUCUGCGAUAAUGGUCUACACCCAGCUCGCAGAGCAAAAGUAUGUCCUGGGCAAGCCUCAUUGCCUACGAGAAAACGAAGAUCUUUUGCUUCGCAUGGACACGACGGAGUAUGGUGGAACCCUGAGUGGCGUGGAAAUUCCUGGCGGCUUACUUGGUCGCUUCAUGACACUGCCCGUCGGAGAUGAAAGCUCCGUCCAGCGGAUUGACAAGGAAAGUGUGCGAGAAAUCUACAUCCCCCUCAGCCGGUUGAGGCGAUUUCUGACUGGCUGA